GGUACCUCCUGCUUGUUGCUGGAGGAAAUUGUUGUUUCUGGAAGUAUUCUUCCAGCAUUCGAUCUUGCCACGGCUCCAUGUUUCGUCGCCGGGGCCUCUGUCUGGCUGGUGGUACUGCGACAUGAAGGACUCUGUAAGUACCAAGGGAUUGGUGAACAAGCGUGUCUGUAAUUACUGGGUUCACCCCAGCCUUCCAUGGUUUGCCAGUUUUCCAGGCAUUUCACAAGAUUUUAAGAACAGAAAACAUGUGGCAGUGGAUGGUGGACACAGUGAGCCGAUGCAAAAGGCAUUACAGGAAGACUGGAUUGAGAGGUUUCCGGCAGUUUUCCAACAACUCAAGACAGGCCUGUGCCCAUACUUUUAUGUCUGUGGCCAUCUGUUCACUGCCUUGUUCAGGGCAGCUGGUGUUGGAAGGCACACACUUGGAUUUCGGGAGGCACUGAGACGUGAAGGUGUAGAUUUUAGCAUGCCAAACUUGACCUCUCUCAAGCAGUUUGCUGACAAAAGCAAGAAACUGAGUGACCACAAGGCUAAUUUACAAGCCAGUCCAGAAACACCUGAGGUGGAGAGCUGCAUUCAGCCUUCAACUGAAAGCAAUGAGGGAUCAACAGUAGAAGACAAUCAGGUGGACAUAACAUCUAUAGAUAAAGGGGCACAACUUUGGCCUAGUCUUGACCCAAGCAAGGUCAGAAUGCAGCGGGAAGGCUACCAGCAGGUGGACCUGCGUGCACAAUCCUUGAUGCUUUGCCAGGGACCUCAGGUUCAAGCAUUUUUCAAUUUCCUUAUUAACUGUCGCAGCUGCACUGCUUUGACAGGCCCGCAGGCUGGCAUCCCUCCCACCAUCUUGUCCCCAACAUCCUUCAGUGGGGCCACUGUGCACAGCAACAAGGUUCGUCAUUCUGUUGCCAAAAUGUCCACUGGCUCUGGCAGUCAGGACACCCAUGUGCUAGACAUUGGUGGUCCGCUUCUGCCUCAUCAUCUGCUCAACAUCACAGCCCUGACCCCUGUGGCCAUCGGGGGGUCAGCUAUCAUUUCCCACAGUACCCAUAAUCCUACAGUUCCCUUUAACAUGAAUGCUGUGACUGCAAGUGAUGUCGCAUUACCCAUGCAGAUGACAGUCAACAUUGGAUGUGCACUUUACACAGCUCAGUUCGCCAUAAGUUGUUGGAAGUAACCUCCCUUUCAUGCAAAACAGCUGUGCGAGAAGUGAAAUGCGAUCCCCAAGGGUUUAAAUGGACUACCUAGUUCUUAAAUAUAUUAUUUAGAGUUGAUCGUUUCAAAAACGUGGUUUUAGACUUCUCCUUCACCAGCUCAUUCUACAAGCAGUCAGGUGGUGUGCCUAGAAUGGGUUGUCAUUAGCAUCUGUUGUAUAAUAAACCGAACAUAUAAAGAUUUACAACCAUUGAUGGACUAAAAAUGUUUAGUAUUGAAUUAUUUUAUUAAUUUGAUGUUUUAGCGAUUAAUUGGUUGAAACCAUUCAUCCAUUUUAUGGUUUUUAUUUUCAGUAGAGUUGUAUGCACUGCAGUCUGACCCUGAAAUGUGCACUGCUGUCAUGUAUACAUAAAUAUGAGUUGGCUGAUUAUCUCUGUGUGUCAGUUUGAGAUGCAUGUGAUAAUAUUUCUGUUGUAUCAUAGUGCACACCUUUACCAUUGACUAGAAUGUACACAAAAUUUGUUUUGUGAAGUGUUUGUUGCUAACAUAAAAAAUCAGAAUGCACUAUAAAUAAAGCUGAGUAUAAUGAUGA